CUCCAGCGCUGUGACUCCGUUUGUUUACACCCAACUGACCUACGGCGGGAACUUGAGAAAGCGAACCAUAUUCUGAAACAUCUCUGCACCGCACCUCCACUACAUUCAAAAGAUGGCGGCGGCGGUGGUGACGGUGGGCAAAUGCUAUCCUGAGAAACUGUUAGAUAAUGAAGGACCCACGAUACCCCCAAGGUACCAGUAUAACUACGCAGUGGAUGACUCCGCUCAGGGCACUUCCUUCAGCCACCAAGAAGCCCGGGAAAACGACCUAACGCAGGGAAACUACGAGGUUCAACUACCUGACGGUCGGCUACAGAGGGUGUCCUACAAGGCUGAUAAAAAUGGUUUCGUUGCUGAAGUGAAAUACGAGGGCGAGGUCUUGGUUCAAGGACCACCAGGCCCACAGCAGUCUUCCCCCUCCUUCAACGCACCUCUCAGUAACGUUAACCGUCCCCUACCACUAGAAAACGAUUUCAACCCAAGAGCUCCCCAGCAGGAACAGUUUUUCCCCAACCAGCAAGAGCAGUUCUUCCGUACCCAAGAGUUAAACCAGUUCGAGGCAAUCCCAGUCCUGUCUAGUGGCCAGUUUGUCAACUUAGAGCAGUCUCAGCCCCAGGAAAUCCAUCAGCCCAACUCGUUCCAGCCACUUCUUGCCUCGCCUCAGCAGCCCCUUAGCUUCUCUCCGCCCAGCUCAUUCAAGCCAGCCCAACCCAUAGUCAGCCGCCUCCAUCCCCAGCCCUCUUUCCGGCAUUCGGGUAAUUUUUAAGUCUGAUUCUGGGAGCCAUCUGAACAUCGCCGCGCAGAGAAGAUGAAUCGACAAACGAAUUAGUGUAAAAACUUAUAAUGAAAUUAAUAAGAGAUAGACAAAAUUAUCAUAUAAAAGGAACUCAAACGCUUUUUACAGUGUACUAUUUUUCUAUUAAAUGUUUCAUUAAAAUGCUGAAUAAAUACCACAUAU